UCUACUCAUUUAGUUAUAUAUUUCUUUUUUUCCUCCAGAAUGAGUCUUUCUUCCUGGAGCAUCCUAGUUGUACAUGAUUGCAUCUUGAUCCAUUGUUCUUCCUUGGACUUUGUUAAGAAUAAUUGUUCCUUUUCUAUUUUAUGUUAAAUAUGUUGGAUUUACUUUAUAUAUUAUCUGGAGAAAGUCUUUCUUUCAUUUUUUUCUUAGAUGCAAGGGUUUGGGUAUUUUUAAUGUAUAGGGAGAUGACUAGGAAGAGGAUACAGAUCAAGAAAAUCGACAAUAUCAGUUCCAGGCAGGUGACUUUCUCCAAGAGAAGGAAAGGGCUUUUCAAGAAAGCUCAGGAAUUGUCUACUCUUUGUGAUGCAGAUAUUGCCCUCAUAGUCUUUUCUGCAACUAGCAAGCUCUUUGAGUAUGCUAGUUCAAGUAUGCACCAAGUGAUUGAAAGGCGCGAUAGGCAUUCAGCAAGUCAUAGAUUGGACCGUCCAGCUAUAGAUCAGCUGCAGCUUGAGAGUGAUUCCAACGACAUGCUGCGCCAGAAAGUAGAAGAUAAGAAUCGUGAACUGAGGCAGAUGAAUGGGGAAGAUCUGCAAGGAUUGACAUUACAAGAACUCCAGAAACUAGAGGAACUGCUUAAAAGAGGUUUGACAAAUAUUUCGAAAGUAAAGGAUGAAAAGAUUAUGCAAGAGAUCAGCACCCUUAAGAGAAAGGAAGUGGAACUGACGGAAGAAAACCAAAAGUUAAAACAGGUACCGAGCCUUACACAUGUACAAAGGCAAUCAUCGGAAUCCAUUAUCAGCACUUCAUCUUAUCUUCCUGAAGAUGGUGGUGGUGACACAUGUCUCAAGUUGGGGUUACCUUUGCUUAAAUAAGCAAUAUAAAUGUAGAUUGUUACAAGUAAACAAAUUCUCUUCCUCUCUGUGUUACGCAAAAUUAAUUAAAUGAGUGUUCUUUGUUGUUUUAAAACAACUCCUGUAAAGUAAUUUAAUUUAAGGGAUGAGAAGCCUUCCUAAAAUUGUAUUUGAAUUCAUAUUAUAUUUUCGUCUGGAAAAUUG